GAACUUCGUUGGUCAUUCGAUUAGUUGGUGGAUUUUUGCAGAAGGAAGAACAUGUCUCCUCUACUUCUUGCUAUCACUGCACUCUUGAUUCUGUACGCGUGUUACAAUUUUGUUACUUCAAAACCUGGGAAAGCUCCACCCGGGUUGAUACGACUUCCUGUAUGGGGAUCCUAUUGGCUGCUGCUCUGGGGAGAUUACUGGUUUCCUCACAAUACUGUCGCCCACUACGUUAAAAAAUAUAAAUCCAAGAUAAUCAGCUUGUGGAUGGGAAAAUACUACACGGUUAUCGUCAACGAUUAUGAGACUGUGAAGGAAGUCCUCACCAGGAGGGAAUUCGAUGGGAGAGACACGAAGAGCUUCAUGGGGUUGUCGAGAUCCUGGGGAAAAACUCUGGGUAUUUUCUUCAAUGACAGUGAGGAAUGGCAAGAGCAGAGACGAUUCGCCCUCCGGAACAUGAGAGAUUUUGGAUUUGGAAGGCGACACGGAGGACUGGAGAGUCAAUUCCAGGAGGAGCUGAGGGUUUUGGUGGACACGAUAAAAAAUGGGCCGAUUAGUGAAUCCGAAAAGGGAGUUGUUAAUGGAGAUCUGGUGUACUUUCCAAAUAUUCUGUACCCAUCAUGUACCAAUAUAAUUUGGUCCGUCUUGGCUGGCGAGAGAUUCGGUCGAGAGCAUCACGACGAGCUGAGACAAUUAUGCAUUUAUGCCUCGAUGUUUCAAAAAGGAGGAGAAACAGCGAUUGGAGCUGUUGCUAUGACUCCCUGGCUGAGCCGUUUCGGAAACCUCUUCAGUUUCGGUGACUGGGUCGAGGGUCAUCAGGGAAUGACUCGAUUCAUCAAACGAUACAUUGAUGAGCGAAGUGAAGCAGCCUUGGUUGAUAAAUCAAUCGAGGGUUUUAUCCCGGCGUAUUUGAAGGAAUUGAAAGAAGGAAAACUCACUGAAAAUUUUUCUGAGGAGCAAUUGGUGAUGGUUGCCGUUGAUUUUAUGUUCCCCGCACUCUCAGCUGUACCGAGUACUAUUGUUCAUGCAUUCAAGUGGCUGAUGCACUAUCCUGAGGUCAUGAGAAAGGCUCAGGAGGAAAUUGACAGAGUUGUUGGGAUGGAACGAUUUCCAGAAUGGGAUGACAGGAAAAAUUUACCGUAUACAGAGUCGGUUAUUCGGGAGGUGAUGAGAAUAGAAACUUUGACGCCACUCGGUGUAAUUCAUAGAUGUACAGAGAAUACCAGUCUCAAAGGAUAUGAUAUUCCAGUCAAUACUGUGGUAUUGACUAACUUGUCAGCAAUGCACAAUGAUUCCGACUUCUGGGGUGAUCCUGAGAACUUCAGGCCAGAGAGGUUCCUCGAUAAGAAUGGACAGCCUGUGAAAGAUUUCACUCUCCCGUUUGGACUCGGUCGACGUGUCUGUGGAGGGGAAACGUUCGCGAGGUUUGUCAUAUUCGAGCUUUUCGCAACAAUGCUACAGCAAUUUGAUUUUUCAUUUGUCAAGGGACAACCGACAAGUCUGAAAGACAAAUACCCGGGUUUAAUCGUGCAACCGACAAGAACCUGGAUCAAACUCACGGCUCGAAGCUGAUUUAAUGAAUAUACCCAUGUUAAUCUCGAGAAAAAUUCUCGAAUCUAUUUUCCGUUUGUGAAUGUCAGAAAUUACUGUUAAAGAAUCAAUUACAAAUAAUGGACAAUUAAAUACUCGAUAAUAAAGUAUUAUGAAAAUACACUGAACUCGAA